UGGGGGAGGAACAGACGGAGGAGAACGACAGUUCUAGCCGGACACAGAUUCGAUGACACUGCAGCGUCCGGCAGCAAAACAGACCCGACCAGACUGGACACUUUGUGAAUGAAUGAGCCCCGAACCCGUCUGUUAUCACGCAGGCUAAUAAGCUAACAAGCUAACAGAGUCAUUAGAACACAAGGUAACAAGCUAACCGGCUAAUAGGCUAGCAGGCUAACAGUUAGCAGCGUCCUUCGCUGCGUCUCAGCAGCAGAAAACACAGUCCGGAUCCAGCAGAGGACUGCACCUCUGAUCCGGACCCGGCAGCAUGCAGGCGGAGUUUCGGGCUCCGCGGAAACGCACGCGGGUGCAGGAGGAGUACGAGGCUCCGCUACCGAUGAGCCGCAGCCUGGAAGAGGCGAGCCACUUCCGGGCGGAGCUCAUCAACCAACACGUGCUGGUCUGUCACCCGGACCACAUCCAGAAGAUCCACAACCAGGGUUACUUCGGUAAAGGCAUCCUGUCCAGAGCCAGACCGGACCACAGCAUCUCUGACCAAUGGGAGCAUCAUGCAGGUCUGUUUCUACCUGUCAUCUCACAGUCCAGGUAUGAUGAGCUCCUCAGGUGGGCGGGUGCGGCUCUCUCUGCUCAGGGAUUGGAUGAAGCAGCUGUCAAUCAAACCCUGCUCAGCCUCUCUCAGCCAGUAGAAAUAGCAGAAGUGAGGAGGGAGGUGGGGGGAGGGUUGGAGGAUGGACAGAAGGGGGCAGGGGCAGGGCCAGGACCAGAGGGUGGAGCCUGUCCCCACACAAAGAGGCAGCGGCCGUGUUCAGAGGCGGAGCCUGAGGCAAAGAGGAGCUGCAGGUUGAACCCACGAGACCUGAACCUGGACCACAGUACAGAUCCCAGCUCAGACCAGGACCUUGAUCCUGAUCCUGACUCUGACUCUGAUCCUGGUCCUGGUCCUGGUCCUGACUCUGACUCUGACUCUGACUCUGAUCUUGGUCCUGGUCCCGGUCCCGGUCCUGGUCCUGGUCCUGGCUCUGAUCCUGGUCCUUUGGUUCCAGGUCCUGGUUUUGUCCUGGUGGUCUCUGACAGUGAGGUGUGCGGGGAGGUCCGACAGGUGCGGCAGUCUCCUGUCUCCGUCUCAGAGUACCUGCAGCUCAGUCUGGAGGAGGCCUUCUUCCUGGUCUACAGUUUGGGCUGUCUGUCUGUCUACCUGCACCAGGAGCCGCUGUCAGUCCUCCAGCUGUGGAGGAAGUUCCGUUCCCUGCGGCCCGACUUCGUCAGCUCGUUCUCAGCCUAUCAGCACUGUCGAAGCAGGGGGUGGAUCCCAAAAGGAGGGGGUGGGGCCAAGUAUGGCGUCGACUUCAUGUUGUACAGGAAGGGACCGCCUUUCUACCACGCCAGUUAUUCGGUGGUAGUUGAACGGGUUGAUGAUGCGUUCAGGGGCUCUGCGUUGCGUCCAUUUUCGUGGCGUUCUCUAGCGGCUCUCAGCAGGAUCACCUCCAACGUCUCCAAGGAGCUGAUGUUGUGUUACAUCAUCUAUCCAGCCGACCAAUCAGAAGCCGAGCUAGACUCACCUGUCUGUCUGAGCAGGCUGAAGGUUCAGGAAGUGAUCGUUAGCAGGUGGGUUUCCUCCAGAGAGCGAGCUGAGCAGGAAGACUUCUGAUUGGCUGACAGGAGACUGGAAACUGAUGAUGUCACAGAGACUCAACCAUUGUCAAUUGAAGAGUCAGAAACAUUCAACCUUUAUUUAAAUGUGAAUCAUUGACAGUGAUGAACGACUAGUUCUGAUGACAUCACACACUUCCUGCAAGACGUGACAUCACAGACUUCCUGCAGGACGACAAGAUUUGGCUUCAUGGGAGACUCUUUAAAUCUGAAUGUUUACAAAGAACGUGUGGACAUGUGGACAGAGGGAAAUGUUUCCGUGUGUUGGGUGAGAAAAUAAAUGUGAAAUUUAAAAGAUAAAAA